AUGCAAGUGGCAUCCCUUACCGGUUACGAGCCGCAGGAUCUCAUCGAGAAGACCCUUUACCAUUUCAUACACGGGACCGACGUGCUGCAUAUGAGAUACUCACACUGUACUUUGCUGACGAAGGGGCAAGUGACGUCGCGCUACUACCGCUUCCUCACGAAGUCCGGCGGCUGGGUCUGGAUGCAGAGCUACGCGACCAUCGUCCACAACUCCAGGUCCUCGAGGCCGCACUGCAUCGUCUCCGUCAACUACGUGCUCAGCGACAUCGAGGAGAAGCACUUGGUGCUGAACAUCGACCAGGGCCCGCCGAAGCUGGGGCACGCGGAGGCCGCGCCCGCCCCCGCACACCCCCCCGCCCCGCCCCUCCCCAAGCCCGCCCAGGACGGCGACUACAGCGCGGACGGCUACGCGUACCCGGACUACGCGCUGCCGGUGCCCUACGAAGCGCACGACGACUACCAGCAGCCCGGCUACGAGCUGUUCUACGACGCCUACGCGGAGCCCGAGGUAGCGAGCUACGCGUACCCCGCCGCCCAGAGGCCGUUCUCGGCGAGCUCGUCCAGCUGCAGCUCGGUGGAGGGCUCGGAUGCGGCCGGCCAGUACAACUACACGAGCCUAGUGUCGUUCUACGGCCACGGGCAGAGUCAAAAUGGCGGCCGACCGAUGAACGCGCAGAACUUCGGCGGCAACUUCCAGGGCAAGAUGGCGCCGAGCCCCGCGGUGCAGGAGGGCGCGUACGCGAGCGUCAUCGUGGACAACACGCAGCAGUUCCACCACCACGGCGUGGUCAACGAGUUCGUGCAC